AUGAAUGAACAUUUCAGUUGUUCUGUAAAUAAAUACAAUAUGAUGAAUUCAAUGUGUCAACAAUGGGAUUAUUUAUUUGGUAUAACACUAUUUUUAGAAUUUUAUAAAAUGUCAUUAGAUGAUGGUACUACUAGUAAUCAUAAUAGUAGUAGUGAUAUAGAUGAUACAAAUGAUCAAUCUAUUAUUUUUAAUAAAAUGCAUUAUUUAUGGUUGGAAUUUGUAUGUAAACCAUUAGUUACAUCAUGGAAUAAUGUGAAGAAAUCAGAUAUUGAUUUAUUAACUACUUUAUCAGAAUCCAAUCCAGUAAUUCAAUUAUUUACACAAUUAAUUGUUUUAAAAUUAAAUGAAGAAGAAAUUGAUUGGUUAAAAAUGAUGAUCUUAUUUAGUUCAACAUCAGAUUCAUUUCAAUUUAUACAAAAUUAUGUCAUAAAAUAUUAUCAAACUAUAUUAAAUGGUUGUUUAUUACGUCAAGAACAAUUAAUGCAUUUAAUUCAAACAAUUUAUUCAUGUAUUAAUAUAAAAUGUAAUUUACCUAUGAAUUGGUUAAAAUAUUAUAUUGAAUGUAUAUUUCAAUUAAAUAAUGAACAAUUUAAUUUAAUUAUAAAACAAAUGAUAUUCACAGCAAUAGAAACUUCUGAAAUGUUAAUGAUGACAACCCCAUCAACACAAUUACCACCACCACCACCACCACCACCAACAGCAACAACAACAACAACAGCAGCAACAAUAGCAACAACAACAACUAGUUUACAUUAAGAUCUAUUAUGGUUAUUAGAAGUGAUGAAUGAAUUUACAGUUUAAAUCAAACUAAAGAAUAAACCAUAGUGACCAAUGUUCAAGCCUAAUUUGAAAUGUACACAUAACCAAUGAUGUCACACAUACACACACACACACACACUUAUUCACUAUACUUAACUGGUGUUGCCAGGUGAUCAGUAUUCAAGCCUCUGUCUCUCUCGCAUGCACACACACACGUACACACAUUUAUCCACUCUAUUUAAAUAUUAUUAUCAACAAUAAAGAUGAUAUAUUGUUGUUAAUUAACUAAAGAAUGUUUUUGUUUUGUUCCCCCCCCCACGAUUUUCUCUAGUUUAUUUUUGUUUUCCUAAUUCAAUGAUCUCUUUAAAUGAACAGAUAACUAAGUUCAGAAUUCUAACAUUACAAUAGUUACAUAAACAUAAACAUAAACACACACGCACACAAAUGCACUUGAAAACAAGAAACGAACAAAUGAAUAUACGAAAAAAAUAUGACUUUCAGUUUUUUGUUUUGGUUGUUUGACUACACUAUUUUUGUUGUUGUUCUGGUUGUUGUUUUACCUUAUUUUGUCACAAGAAAUCUCUUUUUUUUCUUUCUUUUUAAAAAGACUUUCUCUUUAGUUUUUUUUUCUUGUUUAUUGUAGCACAAAUUUAUUUCACCAAAG